CUCCCGGGGACGUCUUUCCCAUAGCCACUCUCCUCCCUCUCUUUUUGACACCCUCCCCUCUUUGCUUUCUCCCUUCUUCGUCCCUCUAUCUUUGCCUGUCAUCCUGCUGGCGCCCUUCCUCGCUUUCUCUUCCUUUUGUUCCUCCUCCCCCCGCCCCUUCUCCUUCCGCCCUCCGUCAUCCCGGUCUCCCGGUCCUCCGCACCACCCCGGCCCUCCACACCAUCCACGCCACCCACACGCGCUUUGGCCCAUUCUUUUCUCCUCUUGCUAUGCCUCCCCGCACCAAGAAGGCAAAAGCUUCGGCCGCGACCCCGAGCGAGUCUGCCAAAUAUGUUCUCCCAAUCAUGUCGGGGACUGAACGCCCGUUCUAUUCCCCCGGAACUCCUCUGAUGUUGGUGGUGGACUUCCCAUCAUGCCCUCCCAGCCCUAGUCCAUCGCCUUCGAUGACACCCUCGGCCACAACGCCCGUUCUUUCAAGCCAGCCCGUGGAUUCCUCCCCGACUUUGUCGGGUCCCGCUUCGCCCGGGGCCCGGACCAUCCCUCUGGCGGGGCCUGCUCCAUCGACUCCGCUGCCGAUCCGGGGGAUUGGAUUGCCCUUCCGGCGCACGGCCGCCGCCUUCGCUACCUUUGCUCCGGAGGCAUUUGAGCAAACAGCCCUGAAGAUCUGGAUCCACCAGAUCCCCAAGUCCCUGGGGCUCGAGGGGCUCUUUGCGCUUUUCCCCUCCGAAGUGGCGUCCUUCAUCCUGACCGGCCCGGCCAAGCAGCCGGCCACCUCUCCGCUGGAAGCCACCGAUGCCGACGACCCUGCCUGCUUGGACAAGGGCGACCUCUGUGGGACGGACUUGCUGCAGGUUGGCGCCCCCUCGAAUGUGGUCCUCAACCCGGCUGGCGUGUACUUCCGGCUGUUCUCGAAUUCCCCCCUGACGGAGGAGCACUGCAGCGCCGUCAUCUCGCUUCCAACCUCGGACUUGGCGCUGGCGCUGGCUCGCCACUUGGAGUCCCUUCGCCAUACGGUUCCCGAGGCGGCGGAGCUCAUCGUCAGUUUGUCUUCACAUCGCCUGACCCCGGUGCCGUCGUUCUGCCGGCCCUCGGUGGAGCAGCCUGGGGGCAUUCCCCUGCGUGAGGCCCAGCCUCCAAGCGAGCGCUUCCUCGAGUAUGCCGCUCGCAGGGCCGCCCAGGCCACCCCGCUGAACAGACAGGCCUUUUGAAUGGCGAAAGCGCGUGCGUGUGUGCUUGAUGUGUCUGACCAUCGCGCCCUGCAUGGCCUCAAUCUUUCUCGCAAGAAGAAGCAGCCUGGCCCACUCUGCCGUGGUGGAGACCAAAUACACGCACUCACGGGGAAUA